CAGGGAACAUUUCAACGUUUCCCGGACCUCUUCAUUAAACCAAUGCAGUGUUUGUUUGAUGUGUUUCUGUCUACGUGUUAGCUGCGGCAUCACUGAAUGUUCAGGUAUGCACCAAACGGAAUUUUCGAUUUUGAAAUCGUGUCAGUUAAUUCAAAGAAUAAUAGGGAUAGGUCUUUUAUGUUAAAAAAAGUGAAACAUACGUUAAAAAAUAUUUUUUUAAAAAUCUUAUAACUCAAAAUUCACAAUUCAAGUUCUUUUGUGAAAAAAUACUUAUUAAUCAAAUUGCAGUCCGGGUUGUUUUCCCCUUUGGUACGAAAUUCCCUAUCAUUUACCCCUCAUGCUGAGAACUAUAUAAAUAUCAAAUAUGAUAAUCAGAUCUCGCAGCUUCUGUCUGCUACCAUUUACUUGCUACCAUUUACUUGCUACCAUUUACUUGCUACCAUUCACUUGCUUACCAUUCACUUGCUACCAUUCACUUGCUACCAUUUACUUGCUACCAUUCAAUUGCUACCAUUCACUUGCUACCAUUCACUUGCUACCAUUUACUUGCUACCAUUUACUUGCUACCAUUUACUUGCUACCAUUUACUUGCUACCAUUCACUUGCUACCAUUCACUUGCUACCAUUUACUUGCUACCAUUCACUUGCUACCAUUCACUUGCUACCAUUUACUUGCUACCAUUUACUUGCUACCAUUUACUUGCUACCAUUUACUUGCUACCGGUUACUUGCUACCAUUCACUUGCUACCAUUUACUUGCUACUAUUCACUUGCUACCAUUUAAUUGCUACCAUUCACUUGCUACCAUUCACUUGCUACCAUUCACUUGCUACCAUUUACUUGCUACAAUUUACUUGCUACCAUUUACUUGCUACCAUUUACUUGCUACCAUUCACUUGCUACGAUUUAAUUGCUACCAUUUACUUGCUACCAUUUACUUGCUACCAUUUACUUUCUACCAUUCACUUGCUACCAUUCACUUGCUACCAUUUACUUGCUACCAUUUACUUGCUAUCGUUUACUUGCUACCAUUUACUUGCUACCGGUUACUUGCUACCAUUCACUUGCUACCAUUCAUUUGCUACCAUUUACUUGCUACCAUUUACUUGCUACCAUUUACUUGCUACCAUUUACUUGCUGCCAUUUACUUGCUACCGGUUACUUGCUACCAUUCACUUGCUACCAUUCAUUUGCUACCAUUUACUUGCUACCAUUUACUUGCUACCAUUUACUUGCUACCAUUUACUUGCUACCAUUUACUUGCUACAAUUUACUUGCUACCAUUCACUUGCUACCAUUUACUUGCUCCAUUUACUUGCUACCAUUUACUUGCAACCAUUCUCUUGCUACCAUUUACUUGCUACCAUUCAUUUGCUACCAUUUACUUGCUACCAUUUACUUGCUACCAUUUACUUGCUACCACUUACUUGCUGCCAUUCACUUGCUACCAUUUACUUGCUACCAUUUACUUGCUACCAUUUACUUGCUACCAUUCACUUGCUACCAUUCACUUGCUACCAUUCACUUGCUACCAUUUACUUGCUACCGUUUACUUGCUACUAUUUGCUUGCUACCAUUUACUUGCUACCAUUUACUUGCUACCAUUUACUUGCUACCAUUUACUUGCUACCAUUUACUUGCUACCAUUUACUUGCUACCAUUUACUUGCUACCAUUUACUUGCUACCAUUCACUUGCUACCAUUUACUUGCUACCAUUUACUUGCUACCAUUUACUUGCUACCAUUUACUUGCUACCAUUUACUUGCUACCAUUUACUUGCUACCAUUUACUUGCUACCAUUUACUUGCUACCAUUCACUUGCUACCAUUCACUUGCUACCAUUUACUUGCUACCAUUCACUUGCUACAGUUCACUUGCUACCAUUUACUUGCUACCAUUUAAUUGCUACCAUUUACUUGUUUCCAUUUACUUGCUACAAUUUACUUGCUACCAUUCACUUGCUACCAUUUACUUGCUCCAUUUACUUGCUACCAUUUACUUGCAACCAUUCUCUUGCUACCAUUUACUUGCUACCAUUUUCUUGCUACCAUUCACUUGCUACCAUUCACUUGCUACCAUUCACUUGCUACCAUUUACUUGCUACCGUUUACUUGCUACUAUUUUCUUGCUACCAUUCACUUGCUACCAUUUACUUGCUACCAUUUACUUGCUACCAUUUACUUGCUACCACUUACUUGCUACCAUUUACUUGCUACCAUUUACUUGCUACCAUUUACUUGCUACCAUUUACUUGCUACCAUUUACUUGCUACCAUUUACUUGCUACCAUUUACUUGCUACCAUUUACUUGCUACCAUUUACUUGCUACCAUUUACUUGCUACCAUUUACUUGCUACCAUUUACUUGCUACCAUUUACUUGCUACCAUUUACUUGCUACCAUUUACUUGCUACCAUUUACUUGCUACCAUUUACUUGCUACCAUUUACUUGCUACCAUUUACUUGCUACCACUUACUUGCUACCAUUCACUUGCUACCAUUUACUUGCUACCAUUCACUUGCUACCAUUUACUUGCUACCAUUCACUUGAUACCAGUUGCUUGCUACCAUUCACUUGCUACCAUUUACUUGCUACCAUUUACUUGCUACUAUUUGCUUGCAACCAUUAACUUGCUACCAUUUACUUGCUACCAUUUACUUGCUACCAAUUACUUGCUACCAUUUACUCGCUACCAUUUACUUGCUACCAUUCACUUGCUACCAUUCACUUGCUACCAUUUACUUGCUACCAUUCACUUGCUACCAUUUACUUGUUACCAUUUACUUCCUACCAUUCACUUGCUACUAUUUACUUGCUACCAUUCACUUGCUACCAUUUACUUGCUACCAUUCACUUGCUACCAUUUACUUGCUACCAUUUACUUGCUACCAUUUACUUGCUACCAUUUACUGGCUACCAUUUGCUUGCCACCAUCUACUAUAAGCUGUAUUUUCGAAUAAUCGUUCUGCGGGCAUUUCCUGAUAUUUAAAGAAUCGUGUGCCAUUGAAAACUUUUGUAUCAACUUUGCUUUUAUUCGUGUGUUUCUUUCUGGGUCUGUGGCAAAAUCUUUCGGAAGGCUAAUUGACCCACUUACCGUCAAUCUAUCGAGCUGAGCCUUGGCGCAUAGACUCGUUGCCGAUGACCGCACAUUUGAUAAUUGGAUUCAAUGAGAUUAUUAAAAAUAUCUCAAGUGCAUUUGGUGCGUGAUAUUUUCUUUUGUUUUUUUUCUGAAACUGUUGGCGCAAAAGUGCGUGGAACAUUAGACUAUUAAUAUUAGGUCAGGGGCGUAAAAAGCUUUAUGGAGGGGGGCAAUCGUUGGCAUUCCUAUCCUGUGCGUCACUUAGAAACAUUACAAAUUACAUUAUCUUAAUUAAUUCUUAACUCGUUGAUUUAUGUCAUCGAAAGUAAACUUCUGCCAAAACAGAAAAUAUCACCCAAAAUAAAAAAUAAAAAUCAAAUGCAAAAGAUAUAAUAAUAUCUGGCCUCAUUACCCCACGUAUUUUUAUUUUUAGUGAAUCUAAUUAAUGUGUAAAGUAGGAGUAUAUUCGACAUUACAUAUUUAUAUUUUUGUGUUAAGCCUAUGUUGUAACUUUUACAAUCAGAUCUAUGUUUCUUUAGGAUGUUGAGAUUGACACGCUUGGAGAGCCGAGUUUUAAUUUUCUGUUUUAUGAUACAAGUCGUCGGGUGUCAAGGAACGACAAGCACUACAGAGAUAAGCAACGUGACAGAUUUCAUAAGAACAGCAGCCGUCAUCAACCCUGCCACAGAAACAGCUCACCACUAUUCGGCUGAUAAAAUAACAGCAGCGGUCACGACGACAGAAGCGUACAAGUCCACCCUUAAAGAAGAUGACAAUGUGCAUGUAAAGCAGGCCGAAUACAAACAAGAGACCAAAGUCAGUCCAAUGAAUGGAAAGAGAGAUGUUGACGGACGAAUAAUUUCACAACAGUUUCCAAAAGCCUUUCAAGACACGAAUGUUCGUGGUCACAUUAAUCCAACCAACGCACAC